UCCGAGAAGAAGACAAAAAAGAUUUUGCAAGACCAGGUCGUCAGUCAAGACCCGAUUAUGCCUUUUCAGUGGAACAGUUGGAUGACCACAGGGAAGAAAGAAGUGCGUUGGUAACGCUGAUCAUCGGUGGUGUGUACGUACCAGAUGUUCUUAUUGAUUCGGGAGCUUCAUGUAAUGUUAUGGGACAGCGGACCUGGGAAUUACUAAAGCAGAAGGGGAUCAAGUGUGAAUCUCGGAAGUCUGCGAAAGAAAUUUUUGCUUAUGGUGGCGUAGAACCUUUAUCGACCCUAGGAACUUUUACAGCAGAUGUCACGCACGCUGGGUGUGAGUUUAAAGACGGAAGUAAGGCUGAAUUUAUAGUGGUUGAAGGCGAUGGUCGUACGCUGUUGGGGCGCGAAACUGCCGAGGUGCUAAACCUGCUACGUGUUGGUCCUUUUCAGGCAAACAGUGUUGACGGAGGACGACCAGACGGCAGCAUUAGAGGAAAAUACAAGGAGUUAUUUAGUGGUGUUGGUCUUUUGAAGGGUUACGAAUUAAAACUGCAUGUUGAUGAGUCAGUGAAGCCUGUAGCGCAGCAUGUACGUAGGAUUCCUUUUGGGUUGCGAGAGAAGGUUGAUGCAAAGCUUGAUGAACUUUUGAGGCUGGAUAUCAUAGAGGAAGUGCCGGAAGGGCCGUCAGGAUGGAUAUCGCCAUUGGUGGUUGUUCCCAAAGGUGACGGUGACGUGAGGGUCUGUGUUGACAUGCGCCGAGCGAAUGAAGCAAUCGUCAGGGAGCGGCAUCCAAUUCCAACCGUCGAGGAGCUGUUACAUGACUUGAAUGGAAGUACUAUGUUUAGCAAGAUUGAUCUCAAGUGGGGUUUUCACCAGAUCCUGCUCAGCGAGGAAAGUCGUCACAUUACUACUUUCGUCACGCACCGAGGGCUGUAUCGGUACAAGCGGUUGAUGUUUGGGGUGACAUCGGCACCAGAAAAGUAUCAGCAAAUCAUCAGAGACGUGUUAAGGGGUUGUGCUGGGGUUGCCAACAUUGCGGACGAUCUUAUUGUUCAUGGA